AUGUCGGGGGAAUGCAAACAAUCACAAAGUACUAUGGAGUUUGUACCACAAUGUCCAAAGGAUAUGAAUGGAUGGGAUGAAAGAGCAAAAUUAAAGGAUUGUCCUAGGAUUACUAAUGGUACUACCUGCAACUAUGGAAAACCACUGGUGUAUCACUGCCUUCCAAAUCCGUACAGAAAUUUAAGUAUUGAGGUCUGUGCCCCUCGUACCAAUAUUCCACCAGAUACCUGUCCCGAUUACAGCAUCGAAGGGAAGAGGGUAAAUGCAGCAUAUAAUUGUUCAGAAAAUAUAGGAUAUCCCUGUCCAGAUAAGCAAUACUGGUCAACAGAAAUUAUUAAUCAUCGAGGUUGUUAUCAAAGCUUGACGUCGCUUCGCCUAGAUAAUAGUUCUACACAGCUUCCUUUUAAUAUAAGUCAUCAUGGGGAAACGGGAGAAAACCUUUCUCGAGGAGAGAUAGCCGGAAUUGCAACAUCACUUGUUUUCUUGGUCCUUCUCUUGUUGUUCUUCGCCAUCCUCAUCUUUUUAUACAAACGGUCUGACGAGAGGGACUUUAAAACAUUUCUAGGGCAAUACUUUCGAUCAUGCUGCAAUUUCUUCAGACGAAGGAAAAAAGAUUCAGCACCAAAUCAUGUAGACGAAAAGCAGCCUUUAUCCGAAGAAAUAAGAAUUUUACUUCUCGGAAAAACAGGAAACGGAAAGAUUUCAACUGGCAAUACUAUUCUAAAUAGAUAUGAAUUCGAAGCUAAACUCUCUGCUGCCUCUGUUACUAAUAAAUGUUCUAAGGCAGAGGUUGACAUAGAUGAUCUCAAGACUAUAGUCAUAGACACCACCGGUCUUGUUGAUACUGGACGUAAAGACAAAACUAUGAAAAAACAAAUGAAAAGGAUGUGGAAGUUAUGUGAAGGGCGUCUCCAUGCCAUCAUCGUUGUAAUGCAGCCGGCUGCAAUCCAUGAUGUUGAUGUUGAGGUUUUAAAUAACAUUGAAAAACUUUUUGAUAAUGUCGACAAAGAUUUUAAACAGUUUGUGAUAGUUUUAUUUACUAGAAACGACAUUUUAAAAAGUAAAAAAGUGGACCUCAAGUUAUUUUUAGCUGAUUCCGCAAAAAACGUUAGAAAAUUACAGAACUUCAUUUCAGAAUGUAACGACAGACUGAUUCCAUUCGAUAAUACAUUUGUCAACAAAGAUGGAAAUAUGCAGAUCCUGAAAAUUAUCAGCAGGUACAUGACCUUAUAA